AUGAAGAUUAUUAUGCCUUCAGCUGAAGUACUCCACCAACUUCCUGUUUAUUCCAAGCGAAUAAAGUAUUAUCUUGGAGAAGUUAUAGAUCUUGAAAACGAAGAAACUGAGAAACAGGAAAGUUGUAGACGUCCUAAGAAGAGAAAGCAUCCGCCUAAGAUGAAGGAUCCAGGGAGUCUUACUAUCCCAUGCGCCAUUGGAGAUGCUGAUGUAAGGAGAGCUUUGCUAGAUUCUGGGUCUGGUAUUAACUUGAUGCCCUUACCUUUACUGAAAAAGAUUGGUGGGAUAACAUUAAAACCAUCUAAUAUUUUUGUGGUGGUGGCGGAUGGAUCUUCGAAGAGACCUGCUGGUAUGGUGGAGGAUGUGGUCAUUCAUGUUGAGCAUCUUGAAUUUUUGGUCAAUUUUGUCGUAAUGGAGAUGGAGGCCAAUGAGAUGAUUCCGUUGAUUCUUGGGAGGCCAUUCAUGAAAACGGCCAAAAUAUAA